UACUAUAUUUAUGAACAUAUGCUACUGUGGAAGCUGGCAACUCUGAUUUGAAAUGUUUGUCAAUAGCGCCUGUGACGGGAACAGUGUGGUUGUCUGGAAAACGUGUUUUAUGUACUACUGUCUUUGUAUCUCAAUACAAUCGUUAUGACCACAAGUAAUGAAAUUACACUGGAUCACAUUAAGUCAUUCUUUUCCUUGGAUGAUAAACUUGAAGAAUUAUAUGUAGCUCCUACUGCUACAGGUGGUGUAGGCAUUGAUAAUAUUGAUAAAUUUCCACCUCCACUUCCUCCUUCAAAAUGUUAUCGGAAAAAAGGAACAGAUUAUGCCAAAAAGUAUCUGGAAAAAGAAGAAAAUGAAAACAGAAAGCAAGCUUUGGAGUUUCCUGGAAGUGCAUUAAGUAUAAAUACAUUAGAUGAUGUGGAAGAAAGUAGUACUGUAGUAGCAGAUGCUCCGAAUGUUAAUGAUUUAAAUGAUGCAACAAAGGAACUAUAUUCAACAUAUUAUCAAGUUCCAAACAAAUCGUAUGAUCCUGACCUUUUAAUUACUAGUUACAGAGAACAGAUUCUUCGGCAACUGCAUAUAAAUCCAGUUAUCAUUAUUCAAGGCCCAACUGGAUGUGGUAAAACAACCCAAGUUCCCCAGUAUAUUCUUGAUUAUCAUAUAUCACGAGGCAUAUACUGUAACAUUAUUGUAACUCAGCCUCGAAAAAUUGCUGCUAUAAGUAUAGCAAGAAGAGUGUGCAAGGAAAGAAACUGGCAACUAAAAUCUAUCGUGGGAUAUCAGGUUGCUAUGGAUGCUCAGACUUCUGCAGAUACACGGUUGACGUAUGUCACAACAGGAAUUUUAUUGGAAAAAUUAGUAAAUGCAAGACGAAUGGAUAUGUACACUCAUGUCAUUAUUGAUGAGGUCCAUGAGAGAGAUAAGGAUGUUGACUUUGCACUUCUGUUAGUAAAAAAGUUUUUGAAAACAAACUCACAGAGAGUUAAGGUUAUUUUAAUGUCAGCCACAUUUGAUUCAUCUUCAUUUGCAAAGUAUUUUACUCUUUCAUCUAAAGGAGACCCUGCUCCAGUAAUAGAAGUAUAUGGUAAAUCAAAAGAAGUUACUGAACAUUACUUGCCAGAGCUGCAAACUCUUAUCAAAAGGAUGCCUGAAUUUGAUAUAUGUAAACCUAUGCUUGAUCCAUGCUUAUAUGAGGCUGUUGUAAAACUGAUGUGUGUUUUUGAUAAAAUUGAAAAGGCUGAACAGAAUGCUUCCCAUGAACAAGAGUAUGCACCAGUUAGAGGAGCUGUAUUAAUAUUUCUUCCAGGUUAUGAUGAAAUAGCAGCCUUAAGUGACACAUUGAAAAAUCCUAACUUUAAUAAAAAAUAUUGGGUCAUACCUCUCCAUUCUUCAAUUACUGUUGAAGAACAAAGCAAAGUUUUUAAAGAUCCUCCUCCUGAUCAUAGAAAAGUGAUCAUCUCAACCAAUAUUGCUGAAAGUUCCAUAACUGUACCUGAUGUGAAAUAUGUGAUUGACUUCUGCUUGACUAAAAAUUUGGUUACUGAUCAAUAUACAAAUUAUACUUGCUUACAACUAGAAUGGGCAUCUAAAUCUAACUGUAUUCAGAGAAAAGGAAGAGCUGGCAGAGUUGAUAUUGGUAGAGUGUACAGAAUGGUUCCUAGGAAUUUUUAUGAUGACCUUCCUGAAUAUGGCACACCUGAAAUCAAGAGAGUUCCAUUAACAAGCACAAUUCUCCAUGUGAAGAAACUGAACAUAUGUGAACCUCUGGAAAUGUUAGCUUUUGCUCUAGAACCACCUAAUAUUUUAGAUAUUGAAAAUGCAAUAAUACAGUUGAAAGAGGCUUUAGCUUUACUGGCAAAAGGAUCAAAUCCUUAUGAUGGUGAACUUACCUUUGUUGGUCAAGUUAUGGCUAACUUGCCAUUAGAUAUAAAGCUUAGCAAAUUGAUAAUAUUUGGGUUUGUGUUCCAUUGCCUUGAAGAAUGUAUUGUUAUUGCUGCAAGUUUAUCAUUGCAAAGUUUCUUUGCAAGACCAUUUCAGAAGGCAUUAGAAGCAUAUAGAUCCAGGCUUGCUUGGGCUAAUGAUACAUUUAGUGACUGCUUGGCAUAUCUAAAUGCAUAUAAAGCCACCCUUCUCCUUUGUUCCCGCAAUGUCCUUCUGGGGAACUGCAGUCAAGACUCAUUUAUACAUGGCGGGAAUUUAUGUCCCCAAAGUCGUUUUCGACAGCCUGGAGGUUUAAGUGAAAAUAAAUGGUGCGAAUUGAAUUUCAUUCAGAUGAAGAGAAUACGAGAAGUUGAUAUGCUUAUUAAAGAAAUAAAGAGUAGAUUAGCUAAUCAUGGUAUACAAGAGCAUCAUCAGCAUCAGAAUAUAGCCAGACAAAGUGAAGAAUCGAAGAUAUUAAUGUUAAAGGUAGUAAUUGCUGGUGCCUUUUUCCCGCACUAUUUUCUACAAGAAAAUCUUGAUGAGCAAGAAAUUGAGAGGGAAAUAAAUGAAAAUGACCCACAUUCCACUGUUGUUAUUACUGGACUCCCUCAUGACCAGGGUUUAUUGUAUGCAUUUGCUUUGAAAGAUUUGAUGACCUGUUGUAGUGACAGGAUGGAUAUUGAAUUUGAAGGUCAAAAGGCUUAUAUUAAGUUUCAUAGAAAUAAUGACAUGGAUGCAUCAUCGAUACUUCAGUCUGUAUAUCUGGCUGUGAAGAUGAGGCUGUUACGCAUUCCACUAGGACUUGCAAUUUUUAGCCAUGCUGAAGCAGAACGAAAAAUUCAACAGAUAAGGCAAUCAAAAAGUUCUCUGUCUGAAAACAAAUUUCCUAUAAACAGAUAUGCUGUGAAGCUAAAUCCUUUUUCAAAAAUAAAGAGAAUUCCUCUUCCACCACCAACUAAUAAAACUGCUCAGAUUUUCAUUUCUCAUUUCAUUAACUGUGGACAUUUUUGGGCACAGUCCCCAACCUUAGACAACACCAAUUAUUUGAAAUUUUUAGAUAUAACUAUUAAUAAAAGACAAGGCCAAAAUCUCAGGAGCUUACUAAAUCAAUUGGAAGAAGUUUUUGUGUAUAUGGUUACUGAGGAUGUUCAAGAUUUAUUAGUGGAAGAAGAAGUUAACAAAGCAGAUUUCAUGGAAGUGGCAUCUGAAGCUGUAAAUCAAAUUGAUUCUGAGGACAUUACCACUGAUGAAGAAAGUGCAGCCUUUGAAUGUUACUUGUCUGAGAUAAGGCCUGUUUCCAUCAAGGGAUCUUCUGGGACUUGGUCUGAUAAAGCGAACAGGUGGUUUAAGAAUAUUGUGAAUGGUCAAGUGCUUACAGCAUUGGUUUAUUCUGUUGUUCAAGAAACAGUUAGGUUGGAUCUACGCAGAAUAUAUCCAGAUGGAACUCAAGAAAGCAUAAAUGAGAAAUUAAUUGAAAAUGGAUUUGCUGAGCGUGCUGAAGAAAGUUAUGUAUCAAAGCAAAAUCAUGAACUGAGAGUACAGUGCUGUGCAUACAGUUUUAAUUCUGUGCUAUCUGAAAGUUCAUCGAAUAUUCUUCAGUUAACUUUGGAAGAUACAAAAGACUUCAGUAGCAUAAAGCCAACUAAUCGCAAGAUUUUUCUUCGUGGCCCUUUUAAUCCGCUAGAAGUAUCCUACAGAGGAAUGACAAACUUAGAUCGUAGCAGAUGUGUAAAAAUUGAACGAGACAGUGUGAACUCUGUUUCUUUUAAUUCUGAACCAGAAGAUCCUUUUAAUGGCAUGCUAGUUGCUACAGGUGUUACUAUUGGCCAGAAUUCUGAUAAUAUAACAGCACGAAACACAACGCUGAUGCCUAAAAAAAGAGGUUUACCUGCAUUAAUUUGCCUUAUGUUUGCACCAUAUGUAGAAAUCAGGACUGAUAAGGAAAGAAAAUCAUAUAUUGGGGCUCUGUGUGGCUUGGGAUUUGAUCCUGAAACUGGUGAAGCUCUGUAUCCGGACCAUGACAUAGAAUUAUCAUUUGAUGUUGAGUUUACUCUUGAUGAUUGGAGAGAAAUAAAUGCAAUUAGAAUGAGUAUUAAUAUGCUUUUAAAUAGCCAGAAUGGCAUAAUUACCUACUCCCGCAGUGCGAUAAAUCUCAGUAAAGAAAGGCUUCAAAAAACUGUUGAAAGUGUACUUGAGAAAGUACGAACACCCAGAGAGCCAGAAUUCUUCAAGAAAUCCUACAAAUGGAAUCAAAUACCAUCUGAAUUUAUUCUUGAAUCAUGUGAAGAAAAUUAUGACUGUCCACAGGUACUACCACUUCUACGGCCACCUGGUUUGAUUGAUUUUGUUGAGAGGAAAACUGAACUACAAGAACAUCUGAAGGGGCUUUACCAUUUGGUAGAGAAAAACAAACAAAAUAUAACAAGGGAAUAUAAGGAAAUUGAGUGCAAACUGUGUUCUGAAACUGUGACGUCUGUUAGAGAUCUGCUUGUGCAUUUGGAUUCAUAUAUGCAUCAAACCAAAGAAAAGGAACUAGAUGCACAUAAUUGAACAUCACUGGAUUUCUGUGAUUUUAAUUGUAUCAUAUUAUACAUUCUGUAAAAUAAAAUCUUGUUUUUUUGUAUA